AUGCUAGAAGGCUUUAUGAAAAAAUAUGUGCUUAUUUUGUUGUUUGGUCUUGUCAUCUCAAGUGAUCAUGUAGAAGAGUGGCCAGCUUGUACUCAUGUGGAUCCUUAUGAAAACCUUGGGGAUUGGAUGCAAGUGAAUGCUGAAAGUUCGAAAUGCAAUCACACUACACAAGCUGAUCGAGAGACGGAAAGAGAAGCCGAAAGGAGAAAAUGGGGUGAACGAGCAUUUUCUUUUGACAUGGUUUCCAGUGAUAAAAUCGGUCCAAGACGAAUACUCGACUAUCAGGCAGAAAAGAACUGUAAAAAUGCGAGCUUUCAACACGACCAAUCAGUGUCAAUUGUGAUCAUUUAUCACAACGAAUGUCUUUCCGUUCUCCUUCGAAUGCUCACAUCGAUUUUCGAUCGAACACCUGAAAGCAAUCUGCAAGAAAUAAUUCUCUACGAUGACGCUAGUGAAGUCGAGCAUAUCUUAGUCGAGAAAUUACAAGAAUUUGGACAUAUUACCGAGAAAAGCGAUAUUUUGAAAAUCCAUCGAAACCCGGAACGAGAAGGACUGAUUCGAGCAAAAGUGUUAGCUUCACGAAUGGCAAUUGGCGAUGUGCUCAUUUUUCUCGAUUCACAUUGUGAAGUGAGCGAAGGAUGGCUGCCACCACUUCUCGAUCCGAUUCACAAAAAUCCAAAGAGCAUCGUUUUACCGAUUGUUGACCUGAUUUCUCCAAUCACUUUCAAAUAUUCAAAGGCAUUAAUCGCUCGUUGUGGCUUUGAUGAUGCUCUCAAUUUUAAAUGGCUUUAUCUACCUUGGGAAUAUUGGAAUGUUGAAGAGAACAUCGUGAAACCAUUUGAAUCACCAUCAAUGUCCGGUGGGCUUUUGGCGGUGCAAAGCGAGUUUUUCCGAGAAAUCGGGGAAUAUGAUAUGGGAAUGGAGAUUUGGGGAGCCGAAAAUCACGAAUUAUCGCUCAGGACUUGGUUAUGCGGAGGCCGAGUGUUGAUUGCUCCAUGUUCACGAGUGGGACAUGUCUUUCGAAUGAGAAGACCUUACAAGAGUGCACCAAAAAACAAAGAAGCGGCUAGAGACACGAACUCAUAUAAUUCAGCUCGAACGGCUAAAGUUUGGCUAGGCGAUUAUUUGAAAUACUUCAUUCGGGCAAAUCCGAGAGCAGCUAAAUUGAAUGUGGGAGAUCUGAAAGAAAGAUUCGAGAUAAAAGAACGCUUAAAAUGCAAGGAUUUCUCAUGGUUUCUCGAAAAUGUUUAUCCGGAAUUCAAGAAAAUCGACGAAAAUCAAAGAUUUGCCUUUUCAGUGAAGAAGCAAAAUUUAAAGCCGCCACUUCCAAGCAAUCAACAAAUGUUGGGAGCACAAGCCCUUCGAACCAAACAGAAAGCAGAGCAAAAGGAAAAAGAGAAAAGACAAAGAGAACGUCUGAAGAGUAUCGAAAUUCAACGGGAGAAAGCUCAUCGACAAGCCUGCGAAGAUGCCGCUCUUCAGUACCUUGAGAAUCUUGACAUUCGAGCAGAGCCACCACUAAAAAUCAAACAUGGAGGGAUGGGCACUUCUGCAUCAUCUGAUGCUCUUGCUCAUCGCCAUUCCGUGCACACAAUGAACAUGAAUGUAGUUCAAAAAGGCAAUCUGCAAUUUUCGACUCCUGGCCGCUCACCUUCUUCUGAAAUGUUCAAAGAAAAGAAAGAAGGAAGCCGUUUGCUCAGAUGGCUGGGAUUGGCGGAUAAAGAUGAGAGAUCACAAAGUGAAUUAGAUAAAGAAGAAAGAGAACGGAUACGGCUGCUCAAGCAGAGACGCAUGAGCACCUUCACC